AUGGAAAUGAUAUUUCAAUAUCAUUUUUUCGAAUUCCAUUCCAUCCUCAAUUCAAUUCCAUCGAAACCAAACAUACCGAAGUGUUUUUAGCAUAAUUGAGGGUGUACUAAGCCAAAUAUAGUUCGCAUUCCGAAGCUCCCUAAAACUUAGGGCAAAAAAUAAACCAAAUCUAUUUCCACCCGCACUCACGUCUCGCCAAAUUAACCCCCUCCACAACGCAGCUCUCUGUUUCCCAGAGACAGCGUUAGAGAGAGAAAGAGAGAGAAACAAUGACGUCAUCACCACCGCCCCCACCAACAAUGGAGUCUCUGAUUCUCCAACUCCACGACAUCUCCGCCGUCACCUCCUCCGCCACCUCCUCCGCCACCACCUCCCCAGUUCACAUCGACCUCCGCCACGUCAUCUCCCUCCCCUCCCUCCUCCGCCAAAUCUGCCAAACCCUAAUCUCCCAAACCCUAACCAGCACCUCCUUCGACCUCCUCGCGGCCCUCCCCCAGUCCUCCUUCCCCCUCGCCACCUGCCUGUCCACCUCCCUCGACGCCCCCAUGCUCGUCCCGCGCGCCGCCAACACCUUCGACGGCGUCUUCGCCGCCGGCCAGACCUGCCUCGUGGUCGACAACUUCGUCACGAGCGGGGACGAGGUUAUCGAGGCGGCGGCGGCGGCGAGGGCGGCGGGGAUGAAGGUGGUCGACGCGGUGGCGGUGGUGGACGGGGAGAUAGGGGGGAGGGAGAGGCUCGCCGAGGAAGGGAUCGAGUUGCACGCGAUGGUGAAGGUGAGCGAGGUGGUUAGGGUUUUGAAGGAGAACGGGAGAGUGUCCGAGGAGGUGGAGAGAGCGGUGGCGGAGUUCCUUCGGGAGAAUCAUAAUCGGAGGGAGGUUGUUGACGCUGAAGUUGUUGAAGCUGCCGAUGCAUUGCUGGAUGUUGGUGACAAGGUGGAGUCUCAUGGAGAUGGAUGUUACACCGUUCUUUUUCCCGAAAGGUCCAACCUUGAAGAUGAACAUAACAUGGAAUAUUCAAAUCACGGGGAUCAAUCAUCACAACUCGCCCAAAAAGCAAGGUCAACAACCAAAAAAUCACAACGAGGUGGCAACUUCAUGAUAGAAGAAGACAUUCUGCUAGUAUCGGCAUGGCUUAACAUCAGCUUAGAUCCAGUGCAAGGGAAUGAGCAAAAACACAAGACGUACUGGUUAAGAGUGUGGGAGUACUUCCAUGAGCACAAGAACUUCAAAUCUGAACGUAAUCAAAAUUCUUUAAUGAAUCGGUGGUCGACAAUUCAAAUUGCCACGAAUAAGUUCUGUGCAUGCUUUGCCCAAAUUGAAUUGAGGCAUCAUACUGGUGUGCCUGCUAAAGACCAGGUUACUCGUGCAAAAAUGAAGUACCGUGAAUUGUAUGGAUCCUCAUUUCAAUUUGAACAUUGCUGGAAUGAGUUGAGGGACCAGCCAAAAUGGUUGGAAGAUAGUAAAAAAAAGAAGCCAAGAAGGAAUAGAUCUGCAACUCCGCACACCUCUUCUCCUUCUACUCCAGAUAUGAUAAAUGUGGGGGAUGUUGAUGCCUCACAUGAUACCAUUUUAGAUGCAGAGAGACCACCGAGCUACAAGGUUGAUUCUCAAGGAGAUGUAUGCGACACCAACCCUUUUCCUGAAAGUUCCAACCAUGAAGAUGAACAUAGGAUGGAAUAUUCAAGUCAUGGGGAUCAAUCAGCACAAUUCUCCCAAAAAGAGAGCUCAACAACCAGUAGAACACAACGAGGUAGCAACUUCACGUUAGAAGAGGACAUUCUCCUUGUAUCGGCAUGGCUUAACAUCAACUUAGAUGCAAUACAAGGGAAUGAGCAAAAACACAAGACGUACUGGUUAAGAGUUUGGGAAUACUUCCAUGAGCACAAGAACUUCAUUUCUGAACGUAGUGAAACUUCUUUAAUGCAUCGUUGGUCGACAAUUCAACUUGCCACGAAUAAGUUCUGUGCAUGCUUUGCCCAAAUUGAAUCCAGGCAUCAUAGUGGUGUGCCUGAUAAAGACCAGGUUUUUCAGGCGAAAGUUAAGUACCGUGAAUUGUAUGGAUCCUCAUUUCCAUUUGAACAUUGCUGGAAUGAGUUGAGGGACCAGCCAAAAUGGAAGGAGGAUGGUAAAAAAAGAAAUAAGCCAAAACGGAAUAGAUGUGCAUUUCCACACACCUCUUCUCCUUCUACUCCAGAUUUGAUAAAUGUAGGGGAUGUUGAUGCCUCACACGAUGCCAUUUUAGAUGCGGAGAGACAACCAAGAGACAAGGUUGAAGCAGAUCUGUCAAAUAAACAAAGUAGCCAAGACCGGGAAAAUGGUUGUACAAGUUCACCUCUUGCAAUGUUAAUACAUGAUUCGAAGGAAGAUGAGCAGAAAACAAAUGAGAAGAAAAUGGACAAAUUUGAGAAAACAUAUCUUCAAGAGCAAGAGAGGCUUGCACUGGAGCAACAGAGGCUUACACUAGAACAAUUAAAAGAGGAGGAGAGAAUAAUGUUGAUGGAUACAACUGGAAUGCCUCCACAUCAAGCAGAAUAUUUUCGUCGCCGGCAGAUGAAAAUCCUUGGAAAAUAAUAUUUCAAUGUUCCUGAUUAGUCUUUGUAGGAUGGUUUUGUAAAAGAUAAGUUCCCAUACAAUUUGAAGGUGGACUUUGUAAAUUAAUUAAGGCCCUUGUAACCAGUAUUGUUCAUUGAUGUUUUGGUAACUGAUUUGCAACUGGUUUUUGCACAAUCCACUUUUGUUUUUGCUUCA